AUGGAAGAAUUCUUGAUUUUAGGGCAAGGGUUUGAAGAGCAUUUGCCCCAGGUGGUGCUGGAGGCCACCGAUGGGUUCUUUGGUGGUGACUUGUGGCCGGUUGAGUUUGAUGUCAAGGGAAAACUGGUGGCACGAGCGGCUUUCCGGGUGCUUCUCCCUGGCUCCGUCCUGCUGUUAUUUCCUCGUUUUGGGAGCAAACCCCCCCGUAUUCCCCUUUCCCCGCAGAUCGUGGACACCUUCUUCAUCGGCCGCUACGUCCUCCUCGCCGUCCUCGGCCUCCUCUUCCUCGGCAGCCUCUUCCUCGUCCUCCUUUACCACGUCGCCGAGCCCGUGUACGCCAAGCCGCUCCGGCCCGGCUAGCGGCGGCGUCCGCCGGGAAUACCCCGGAUUUCCCGUGGGAAUUGCGGCCCUUCCCAGGAGGUGGAGAGGGACAC